AUGGCUAACAACGAACUUCCAAUCUAUAAUGUUUUUGCUGAUGAGUCAGAAGCAGGGGAAGACUUUGCAUCUGCAAUAAUUCAUUCGAGGAUGACUGCUACUACUAUUAAGUUUAAUAAUUCCCUCUAUCAUAUGCUCAAACAAGAGGAAUACUUUCAGAAUGCACUGGAGAAGCUAGAAAAUGGUUCACAAAGCUGCCCCGAAACUCUAUUGCUACAUGGGAAGAGAUGGUCAAAGUGUUUCUCAGGAAGUGGUAUCCUCCCAGUAAAAGAGCUAAAAUUCGUGAUCAUAUUUACAAGUUCAAACAACGUAAUAGGGGAACAACUUUUUGAAGCUUGGGAGAGGUACAAAGAAUAUUUGGAUAGGAGUCCAAACCAUGGUUUCCCAGAUCAGAUUCUGAAAGAGAAGUUCUACAGAGGGUUGGAUCCUAUGACCCAAGCUAUAGCCAAUAAUGCUGCUGGCGGGUGUUUUUUGAAUAAGUCUUUUGCUAAUAUUACUAAUAUACUUGAUCAAUUGACUACACACAGUCAAGCAUGGAACUCGAGUAAGUCUGAUGGGUUAUCACUUGGGACACUAUUGAUCCAAAAUAUAAGAUUGGAUGAGAGAGAAGCGAAGAAGGUGAACGUUUGUGAAGAUAUCUCAGGCGUGCCGCCUGGAAUAUACCAAUGCCACGAGGGUCCAUAUCAAGAGGGUCCUCCACAACCAGUUGAGGAUGUUCAACAUGCAGACUAUGUAGCGAAAGGGGAUGGUGCAUAUAACAACAACCAAGGGAACUUCAACAACAACCAAGGGAACUACAAUAACAACUAUGGUGGAGCAAACCAAGGUAGAUACAACAACAACAAUGGUAACUACGGAAACAGAAGUUCCAACCCCUACAUUCCACCAAAAGGGCAGUCUAAUGAUCAAGGUAGUUCGAGGUUGGAGUCAAUGCUUGAAAAACAGAUGCGUGAUCUUUCUCGAGAACAGCAUCCUGCUAGAAAAGGAGGACUUCCUAGUGAUACUAUUCCAAACCCGAAGAAUGGUAGUGGUGUGGAAUGUACUUUUGCUAUUAGCAUGAGGAGCGGUAAAAUACUUCAAAGUGCUGACAAGAAGGUGGUUGAUCUAGAUCCGGUUAUUGAGGAAGAAGAGGUGCAUUCUGAUGUACCUAUAGUAGAUGAUGAGGUCCAUAUUGAAGAGAAAGCUGCUGAUAUUCCAGAUGUUACUGCUGAUACUAGGAAACAAACGAUAAAAGGGGCUCUUCGCCCUUUGACUCAGAUGUACAAAGCAAAACCUCCUUUCCUCAGAGAUGCUGUCAAAGAGAUGCCCGGAUUUGCUAAGUUUUUGAAAGACCCUUUACGAAGAAAAGGUCUAUUCAACAUGAGUUUGAUUAUUGCUUCCACCACAGUUCAGAAGAAGGGAGAUCCAGGGGCGUUUACCAUUCCGUGUAAUAUUGGGCUUCAUGCAUUCGCUCGUGCUCUGUGUGAUAAUGGGGUGAGUAUCAAUCUAAUGCCCCUUGCUAUUUUUAAGCAAUUCGGAUUGGGAAUACCUAGACUGACUUCUAUGCGAUUACAAAUGGCGGACAAAUCUAUCAAGAAGCCAGUUGGGGUUAUAGAUGAUGUGUUGGUAGAAGUAGGUAAGUUCAUGUUGCCUGCUGAUUUCGUUAUUUUGGAUUGUGCAAUUGAUAAAGAUAUUUUCAUCAUCUUGGGAAGACCCUUCCUUGCUACGGGUAGAGCACUUAUAGACUCUGAAAAGAAUGAAAUCAAGUUCCGAGUGAAUGAUGAAGAAGUGACUUUCCAAGAAAGCAAGGGGAUGAAGCUGCCAAGUGCUUAUGAGAGUAUCUCAAUUAUUGACUCGUUUGAUGGGAUUGAUGAUGCUAUCGAUCAUAAAAUGGAAGAAGAAAGUCUGGGAGAGGCUCUUGCGACAGUUCUGCUUGAUCUUGACCUUGCAAACAGAACUACUUCACCAGUUAAGCCUUUUAUUUUUGAGCCACCAAAGCUUGAGCUUAAGCAGCUCCCAUCACACUUGAGGUAUGAGUUCCUUGGUCCGAAUAAGACAUUGCCAGUGAUUGUUUUAGCAUUACUGACUGAGGAACAGAUUGAGCGAUUAGUGAAGAUUUUGCACUAG